AUGGGUUAAAUUUCUUGCUUUUAAGGAAAUGAGUUAACAGAAUUUAAUGUAUUGUUACUAGGCCCAUCAGGAUCGGGGAAGACUAGAAUAGUGAAAGAAAAGACUUUAGGACCUACAAUUAGUAAAGAAAUAUUUAUUUUUAAGAAUUAGAAAAACACUUAGUAAAAUUGAAUGAUACACAUGGGCUGAAUUUUUAUGACACACCAGGAAUUUUUAGUUUAUUCAAAUAAUGUCUAAAUUAUGAGAUUAUAUAAAGUGUUGAUAUUAUCGCAUGUUUCCCUAAUUCAGAAUAAUACAAGGAAUAUAUUAAAGAGUUAUUACAGAAUAAUACCAAAUUGUUCAAAUAGAUUCCAUUUUAUGAUAUUCCAAGUGAUAUAGAAUCAAAAGAGAUAAGAAAUAAGAUAUAUUUAUUUAUUUUGUCAUAAAGUAAAAGAAAGUCAAAAAAGCCAAGUUAUAAUUAAGAAAUUGUAUGA